AUGGAUUUCAACAGCUCAUCGCCCUACCCUGCGGGCGUCAUUUCCUUCCUGGAUACUGACUUGUACAAGCUGACGAUGCAAUGUGCCGUCACCAAGUAUUUCAAGGAUGUGCCCGUAACCUACGCCUUCACGAACCGAACUCCUGAGAAGAAACUCUCCAGGGAGGCCUUUCGCUGGCUAGAGCAGCAGAUCCAGAAACUCGGCAACAUUUCCCUGACCGAUGAAGAGCACCAGUUCCUACAGCGUCACUGCCCUUACCUGACAGAAGAGUACCUCAACUUCCUCAAGGAGCUGAGGUUGCGACCGCGCGAGCAGGUCACGACGACAUUCACCCCCGAAGGCAACGACACGGGCGCAGACACCGAUGUCGGCCAUGUCGACAUCAAGAUCCAGGGUACCUGGUCCGAGACGAUCCUCUACGAGAUCCCCAUGCUCGCCCUAACCUCCGAGGCCUACUUCCUCUUCAUGGACAAGGACUGGACCUACGACGGCCAGGAAGAGCGCGCCUUCGAGAAGGGCCAGCAGCUCCUUGAGGCCGGCUGCACCUUUUCCGAGUUCGGCACCCGCCGCCGCCGCGACUACCAUACCCAGGCUCUCGUCUUCCGCGGCCUCGUCCGUGCCGACAAGCAAGCCGAGGCCCGCGGCUUCAAGGCCCGCCUCAGCGGCACGAGCAACGUCCAUCUCGCGAUGCGCUUCGGCAUCCCCCCCGUCGGUACCGUCGCCCACGAGUGGUUCAUGGGCAUCGCUGCCAUCACCGACGACUACCGCGGCGCCACCGAGGCUGCCCUGCGCUACUGGGUCGGCGCCUUUGGCGGCAAGCUCGGCAUCGCCCUCACCGAUACCUUUGGCACCCAGGAGUUCUUGCGCGCCUUCAGCCGCCCCGUCGACCCGGUCGAUGGCGAUGCCGGCGACUACAAGAAGGCGGACGGCUCCGUCAAGACGUACGCUGAGCUGUUCGCCGGUGUGCGCCAGGACUCGGGCGACCCGACCGAGUACGUCGAGAUGCUGCGCAAGUACUACGCCGACCAGGGCAUCACGGGCAAGACCAUGGUCUUCUCCGACUCGCUCAACAUUGAGCGAUGCCUCGAGUACAAGAAGAUUUCCGAGGCCGCGGGUUUCGUGCCGACGUUUGGUGUCGGCACCUUCCUCACCAACGACUUCACCCGACUCAAGGACGGGUCCAAGUCGACGCCCCUCAACAUUGUCAUCAAGCUGAGCUCGGCGGCUGGCAGGAAUGCCAUCAAGAUCAGUGACAACUCGGGUAAGAACACAGGUGAUAAGGGCACCGUGGAGAAGGUCAAACAGGAGCUCGGCUACGUGGAGCGCGAGUGGAAGGGCGGCGAUGAGACGUCGCGAUGGGGCAAGGAUGGCGCCAAGCCUUGA